GAUUUUCAACACAAAAAUGUGUCAUUUCCUUUCUUCAUGUACCAGAUGCUGAAAUAUUAUGUGAUAAAGAUUUUAGGUUUCAUUUGUAAAGAGAGGAAAGUGGGUAAAUCAGGACUGCCUUCCUUAGGACAAAAGAAGCAUGGAACCGUGGAAUAGAUUUCCUGAUCAACAGGAGGAGACUGAUAGCUGUUCUGAAUCUGUGAAGUUUGAUGCUCAGUCAAUGUCAGCUUUCCUUCUUCACAAUCCUAAAAAUGGCCCUGCCCUUCAAGAGAAAAUGAAGUCCUUCAAAGUGGGACUGAUUGCCCUUUAUCUCCUGGUGUUUGUCGUUCUCAUUCCUGUCAUCGGAAUCAUGGCAGCUCAGUUCCUCAAGUGGGAAAUGAAGAAUUGCACAGAUGGUUCAAUUAAUGAAAAUGGCAUAUCUGAACUACUCACGGGAAAAGGAAAUGGCAGUGAAGAUACAAUGAGAUUUAGAGAACUUGUUAUGGAACGUCUGAGCACCAUGGAAGAGAGAAUCCGGUAUAUUUCCGAUAGGGAAACCAAUCUCAUAAACUCAGAGCAGUUCCAAAAUUUCAGUGUGAUGACUGAUCAAAGACUUGAUGAUGUUUUUCUCCAGCUAAAUACCUUAGUUUCCUCAGUCCAAGCACAUGGAAACUUAGUAGAUGAAAUCUCUACGUCCUUAACGAGACUGAAUGCCACCUUGCUUGACUUGCAGCUCAAUAUAGAAAUGCUGAAUGGCAAAGUCCAAGAGAACACAAUUAAACAACAAAAGGAGAUCAGAAAGCUGGAGGAGUGUGUGUAUAAUGUAUCAGCAAAAAUCAUGUCGAUGAAAGAAGAACAAGUGCAUUUGGAACAGGAAAUAAAAGAAGAAGUGAAACAGUUGAAUAAUGUUACUAAUGAUCUCAGACUUAAAGACUGGGAACAUUCUAUGACAUUACAAAAUAUCACUUUAAUUCAAGGUCCUCCUGGUCCCCCAGGUGAAAAAGGAGAUCGAGGUGCCACUGGAGAAGGUGGUCCACAAGGCAUUCCGGGUCCAAUAGGUCCUCCAGGUCUUAAAGGUGAUCGGGGAGCAAUUGGCUUUCCUGGAAGUCGAGGAUUACCAGGAUUCACAGGGAAGAUGGGGAGGCCAGGUAAUUCUGGACAAAAAGGCCAGAAAGGAGAAAAGGGGAGUGGAAGCAUUCUAACCCCAUCUAAGACGGUUCGGCUGGUUGGUGGUGGUGGACCCCAUGAGGGCCGAGUGGAGAUCUUCCAUGAUGGCCAGUGGGGCACGAUUUGUGAUGACCACUGGGAAGUGCACGGUGGACAGGUGAUCUGUAGGAGUUUGGGAUACCAAGGCGUUCGAAGUGUGUAUAAACAAGCUUAUUUUGGACCAGGUACUGGUCCAAUAUGGCUGAAUGGAGUAUUUUGUUUUGGGAGAGAAUCAUCUAUCGAAGACUGUAAAAUCAAAGAAUGGGGAGUGAGAACCUGUUCACACCAUGAAGAUGCUGGAGUCGCUUGCAUUUUAUAGUAUAUCAUAUUUUCCUCCACAAUUAUGAGAUUCAUUAUUUUUGCAAAAUGAUUUUUAUUACCUUGCUCCAUUAAAAUCUGUUUAAUGAAUGUUUAAGAGAUUUUGAAGAUUGUUGGAAGGAAUUUUUUAAAUUGCUGGAUAUACAUACUGAACACCUUCAUAAUUGCUCUGUGCUUAUAUUUGAACAUUUUUACCUUCUCUAUGAACAGGUUUUUAAGGUAAAAUUUUCUAAUGCUAUGUGUUUAUUUAAGUUUAGGGCAUCUGGAUCGCAAAGGCCGAUGGUAAUGGAAACACACAGCAAGUUUUCGCUCCAAUCUAUGACCUCUUCACAAAAUUAUAAUUUUUGAUAUUUUUGUCUUCCUUGAAAUUCCUAGUUAGUUGACUUUAAUUACUUUCUGAAUAAGAGGAGGAUUGGGGCUCUUUCCAUUGGGUCAAGUUUGUGAAAUCUGCAAUCUACACACAUCUUUAAAGGAAAAAUCUUAUUCAGCUUUUUGAAUAUUAUCUCGUUUCUAAGAUCUCUGAAUGUGCAAUAACUUGGCUGAUCGAUAGCAAUGUUAUUAAUGUUAUAUCUAGGCCAUGAUGAGCCAGGUUACAUAUUUUACAUGGCAAUGUACUAAGAAUUAUUUUACUGAACCGUAAAGUUUGUUGAAAGGAGUAUGUGAAAGGGGAAUAGAGCCACCAUCACUACCUGACAACAUACUCAAACUAUAUGUGCCCCGAUAAUUGGUAGAUCAAAAAUUUCAUUUGUCAACAUGGAACUCAGUUUGUUAUGCAUUUUAAAUUGAGUUGAAUAAAUAACCUGUUACAAUUCUAGGACAAAUCUACUCCAUUCUAAGAAAAUGCAGAUGUCUUGGAAGCAAAAGGAAGAGAAGUUUCAACUACCUCUCUCCCAAGUCUUUCCUGAAGUCAGUCACCAUUCACAACCUGAGAGAGACACUUCAGCCUAAAGGGUCAACAACUCUGAGCAUGCCAACUGACAAGAAUCAAUGUAGUCUUUUUGUCUGGCCAUCCAGCAUCAAGAUAAAUGUAAAAUGUAUGUUUUUUUUUAAAAAAAAAAUGAAAACUGGCCACUGGAAAACCAUGACUGGCUUAGAAUAAUCAGUAUUAUUCAGCAUCCAGGAUUGGGGAGUGGGCCACAAAGCUCAAUGCAGAGAGGAGGAAGGAGUGAUGAGUGUCAAGUGGACAACUGACGAUGUCUUCCUUGGGAAGUCUAAUUAGGAGAUGAUAAUGUUGAAAUAUUUUUGAAUUCAUAUAAAAUAGAAUAUAGGAACUGUAGGAAUACCUCUUUGGCACUAGAUAUAGCUUUUAUCAACCAUAUAACCAUUUUAUAGCCUGAUUUUUUUGACUAUACAUUUUUGCUGAUUCUUGCCUCUCUUUCUUCAAUGAAUUUUAGGUAAUAGAUGUGUAAGUGGUUUUUCUUUUGUCCAAUUAAUCUUAUUAUAACACAUAAUAGAACAUUGUAUAUAAAAGAAUAUUAACCUGUAUUCUUUUUUGAACUUUUAUUAGCUAUUCUGUUUUACACAGUAACUGAUAUUUAGAAUUUAUAUUUGAUUAAAGCUAUUCAAAGGAAUCCCACCAAAAGGGUGUCAUGAGCCCCAAACACUGGAAAUGGAGCCAAUGUGUAUAUGAUCAGUUGUAUCCUAUGCUGCCA